AGCAGGAAAACAUAAUGCAAAUGCUGACACAUUAUCUCGCAUGUAUGACGAAGAAACCGCUGAAUGCUUUAUUAUUGACCUUACUGAAAUGGAUAUAGCUAAUGACGAAUAUGAAAACGAUAGUGUAAAGGAAGAUAUAGAAUGGCAUGUUUCUUCUCCUGAAUCUGAAGAAA